AUGAGGUUCGUUGGUCUCGUGAGCUUGGUCGCUCUCAUCUUCCUCCUGAGCUUCAGCUGCCGUUUUAUUUCUGUCACCGAGAAGCGGCUGAAACUUGUCUUUGGUUUCGUGGAAGGAGAAGGCUCGGCGGUAGCGGCGAGAAGCGGGAGCCAUGGCAGCAACCAGCAGCACGCCGAGCAGUGGGCAGAGGAGAGGAAGAGGAUGAGGUGGUUCAUGACGAGGGACUACGCGAGCGCGCGGCGGCACACGCCCAGGAACAACCGGCUGGAUCCUUAG